AUGGACAUCAUCAGUCAAUUUUCAGAUGACUUGCUCAUCCGAAUACUGUCGCUUGUCCCGACAAGCCAUGCCCUGGCCACAAGUCGUUUGUCGAAAAGAUGGCAGUUUCUUUGGAGUUUAGUGCCAAAACUUGAGUAUGAUGAUAGCAGUCACGGUGAUGAUAACUACGCGACCUUCACGCACUUUGUUUACAGGUCUUUGAUGUCAAAUAAGGCACCGGUCCUAGAGAGCUUGUAUCUCAAGCUAGGUCACAAGUGUCAAGCCGUAGAUAUUGGAAUAUGGAUUGACACUGCAGUUGCUCACCGUGUGCGUGCGCUUACAGUUGAUAUCCUUUCUUCUGAGAAAGGGCCCAUCAGUUUGCCGAGUAGCAUGUAUACAUGUGAAACCCUAGAAACCUUGAUACUCUGGAAUUGCAUUCGUUUGGAUGUUCCUUUUUCUGUUCGUCUCCCGUCGCUGAAAAUUAUGGAACUUAAGGAUGUGGACAUAGGGUCUCUUCAAAGGCUCUUAUCCGGUUGUCCUAAACUUGAGACUCUUGCUGUGAAACAAGAUAACCUGGACGUGGCUCUUGCGCUGCCUUCUCUACUGAGAUUGAAGAUGACCAAUGAGGGAAUAGCCCCAAAGGGUAGCGGGUUUGUGAUAGAUGCUCCUUCUCUCGUGAGACUUUGCAUUAAAGAUGAUGUCCUUUACGACUUUCAUCGAAUUGAGUAUAUGCCCCAGUUAGAACAGGCGUAUGUUGACAUGACUUGUGGAGCUAACCACAAGUUUCUGAAAGCUUUUACUUGUGUCCGCACGCUUCAUCUAUGUUUAUCAUUUUCAGAGGUUCUGUCUCCUUGUGGCAUGAUCUUUCACAACCUCGUUCUUCUGGAACUGAGUACAUGUGCUCAAGGUUGGUGGAAUCUUCUCACUCAUAUGCUCCAAAAUUCUCCCAAGCUAAAAUAUCUCAUACUCACUGAUGAACAUGAGCUUGAUUUUCCUAGUAUAGAAACUCCGGAUUGCUGGAAGCCACCCAUUUCUGUUCCCAACUGUUUCUCGUACAGUCUUGAAGAUUUCGAGUGGGACGGUUACAACGGGAGACGAGGAGAUAGAGAGAUUGCCACAUACCUUGUGGCCCACGCUACUCGUUUGAAGACAGCAGUUUUCUCUCCAGCAGAUUCCACCCGUGAUGAUGUUGGGGAGAGAUAUAGAAUGUUACAGGACUUGGCCUCUGUGGCUACGCCUCAAAUUUUUUUCGAAUGA